AUGUGCGACUUCACCAAAAACUACUACAUCUACACCGGCUGCAUGGACCCGGGGGUACACUUCUUCCGUACCUCGGUCGACGGGAGCCGCCAACGCUCGUGUCCCAGAGGCCCUCACGAGCGCUACAUCAUGCAGCCCGGACAGUGCCCUCUCUGCUACGGUUGA